AUGUCAGCAACCAAUGGAACCAUACAGCAAGAUACAUUAACUUCUCCGACGUCCCAAGAUCCUCUUGACACUCAAAACGAAAAACCAUAUACUGAUCAAGGAAUAAAUGAAAAAAUUGUACAAAAAAUUCGUUCUCUUAUUGAUAUAGGCAAAUUAAGUUCAACCGAUAUAGAUAAUCGUGUAUGUGAACAAUUACGUUCAAUUCCUGAUGAUAGUACAGCAGUUGAUUCAUUAUUUAAUGAAUUUAAUAAUUCCGAUUUAACCGGUGUUGUCAAUAAAGGUGCAUUUCUAUGUAAUUUUAUUAAACAAUGGAAAAUAAAUAAUCCACAACAAGCAAGAUCAAUAUCUGGUGAUUCAUCAUCAGGACAAGGUUUUGGUGAUAAUGCUCGUACACAUAAACCUGGUCCAGAUGAAGCCAAAUUAAAACUAAUUGUUGACCGAACUGGAUAUAAAACUGAAGUCACAGCUGGUCAACGUAAAUAUGGUGGACCACCACCUGAUGGACCAGAACGAUCCGCCUAUCAUAGUGAAGUUUUUAUUGGUAAACUUCCACGUGAAGUAUUUGAAGAUGAAUUAAUUCCACUCUGUGAAAAAGCUGGAAAAAUCUGGGAUUUACGUUUAAUGAUUGAUCCUGCAUCAGGUUUCAAUAAAGGUUAUUGCUUUGUAACUUAUUGUUCUCCAGGAGAAUCAUCAAAAGCAUGUGAACUACUUAAUGGUUAUGAAAUUCGUCCAGGAAAACCUGUUAAAGCAAAUACUAGUGUAGCUAAUCUUCGAUUAUUUAUUGGCAAUAUACCAAAAACAAAAUCUAAAGAAGAGAUAAAAGAAGAAUUAUCAAAAGCUGUUGAAGGCGUCACAGAAGUUAUUAUCUAUACGCCUGCUGAUGAAGCUGAUAAGAAGAAAAAUCGUGGAUUUUGUUUUGUUGAUUUUGAUACACAUAAAAAUGCUUCAGCAGCCAAAAGAAAAUUAGCUAAUGGACGUGCUCGAGUAUUCAACCGUGAUAUUGCUGUCGAUUGGGCUGAUCCAGAUGAAGAUCCUGAUGAAGAUACUAUGUCUCAAGUUAAAGUUUUAUAUGUACGAAAUUUAACAUCAGAAGUAACUGAGAAUGAUGUUAAAGAUUUCUUUUUGCCAUAUGGAAAUAUUGAACGUGUACGAAAAGUUCGCGAUUAUGCAUUUGUUCAUUUUGAUAAACGAGAAGAUGCUUUAAAUGCUAUGCGUGCACUUAAUGGAAAAAAUUUAGGUCGUAAUGUAAUUGAAGUUAAUCUAGCUAAACCUUUAAGUGAUAAACGAAAACAAGCACAAGCAAAACGUGAACAAAGAAAACCAUUUGAUUCAGAAGAUGGUCUUGCUGAACUUCCACGAGGUAGACCACCACCAUCUGGAAAUUUUGGAGGAUUUAAUAAUAAUAGUUUACCGCGUGGUGGCGGUGGUGGUGGUGGACGAUCUAAUGAUUCAUUCAAUGCAAAUAACUUUGGUGCUUUUGCCGCAGAUAAUUCUAUGGGUGGUAGUGGUGGCGGUGGUCCACCACCACGAGGUGGACCAUCACAACGAGGCAAUAAUCGUGGUGGUCGUACUGGUGGACCAUCUGGUGGUGAUCGAAAUAAUUUUUCAGGUAAUCGCGGUGGUGGUGGUGGAUAUAAUUCAGGUAGCCGAGGCGGAGGUGGAAAUUACAAUCAAGGUAAUCGUGGAGGAUAUAAUAAUAAUUAUCGAGGAGGUUAUGGUGGACCACCACAAAAUAAUAAUUCUGGUGGAUAUAAUAAUAAUAAUGGUGGUUUUAAUCAAAUGAAUAACAGUGGCUUUAAUAAUCAAGGAGGUGGUUUCGGAGCAUUCAGUGGACCAUCAUCGAAUAACAAUCAAUCGUUUGGACGACCGUCGAAUCAAAUGGGCAUGAGCAAUAAUGGCUUUGGCAUGAAUUCAAUGCAGCAAAACCAACAAUAUGGAGGUAUGAAACGACCACCGAACCAGAUGAACGAUGGUAAUAUAUCGAAACGAUCCCGUCCUGAUACCGGAUCGUGGGGAGCGAUGGGCGGUGAUGGUAGUGAUAAUUCCAAUAAUGGCCCACAACAACAACAGAACACCGAUGAUCCAGUGUGUGUGAGAGGGUAUAUCGUAUUCCAUCAUUCGCCAUAUGCAAUCGGUCCAGUUUUGACAUGUUAUACAACAGCUCCAACAGCACAAAUGACGCCAUCAUAUUAUCAUCCAUCGAUGUCAGAUGUUCAAAAACUAAUUCAAUAUGAACCAAUUAUGAACGAAGUUGAUGAUAAAAAUCGAAGACAAAUAAUGAUCUGCAAUAAUGAAGCAAGUUGGUCAGAGCAAUGA